CUGCAAGGAGGACUAGGAAGAAACCCCAACUUUCACUGUUGAGUUCCGUUCCCUACUUCAGCUCCUCCUUUGCGACGCUCCCCGGCUGAAAGCCCACCCACUACGCGCGCUCAGCUGCGACUUCCGCUCUCCCUUCCCAGCGAGCAAGAUGGCGGAGGAGCAGGACUCGGUGCUGCAGCUACCUCCUUCAAGUGCGGCUGGAGGUGAAGGACUUACGGAGCUUUCCCCAGAAACAGCCACUCCAGAUACUCCUUCUUCCGCUGCAGUCUCCCCGGGGACAGAGGAACCUGCUGGCGACACCAGGAAAAAAAUUUAUUUAUGUGAAUCAGUCCUUUGCUCCUUCCCCAGACCAGGAAGUUGGAACCCUCUAUGA